AUGAAAGAUAAUCCGGAGAGACUACAACUAGUACUAUUUCUACAGAACCUACAAAUAGUACUAUUUCUACAGAACCUACAACUAGUACUACAAAUACAGAACCUACAACUACUACUACAACUACAGAGCCUACAACUAGUACUACUACUACAGAAUCUACAACUAGCACUACUACUACAGAACCUACAACUAGUACUACAACUACAGACCCUACAACUACUACUACUAGUACAGAGCCUACAACUAGUACUACUACUACAGAACCUACAAACUAGUACUACAACUACAGACCCUACAACUAGUACUACUACUACAAAAUCUACAACUAGCACUACUACUACAGAACCUACAACUAGUACUACAACUACAGACCCUACAACUACUACUACUAGUACAGAGCCUACAACUAGUACUACUACUACAGAACCUACAACUAGUACUACAACUACAGACCCUACAACUAGUACUACAACUACAGACCCUACAACUAGUACUUCUACUUCAGAGCCUUCAACAAGUACUCCUUUUUCAGAACCUACAACUAGUACUACUACUACAGAACCUACAACUAGUACUACAACUACAGAACCUACAACUAGUACUUCUACUACAGAGCCUACAACUAGUACUACUACUACUGCAGAACCUACAACAGGUUCUACAACUACAGAGCCUUCAACAAGUACUCCUUUUUCAGAACCUACAACUAGUACUACUACUACAGAACUUACAAUUAGUACUACAACUACAGAGCCUACAACUAGUACUACUACUACAGAAUCUACAACUAGUACUACAACUACAGAACCUACAACUAGUACUACAACAACAGACCCUGCAACUAGUACUACAACUACAGAACCUACAACUAGUACUUCUACUACAGAACAUACAACAAGUACACAUUCUUCAGAACCUACAACUACUAGUACUACAACUACAGAACCUACAACUAGUACUACUACUACAGAACCUACAACUAGUACUACAACUACAGACCCUACAACUAGUACUUCUACUACAGAGCCUACAACAAGUACUCCUUUUUCAGAACCUACAACUAGUACUACAACUACAGAACCUACAACUAGUACUACAACUACAGAACCUACAACUAGUACUACAACUACAGAACCUACAACAAGUACUACAACUACAGAACCUACAACUAGUACUACAACUACAGAACCUACAACUAGUACUACAACUACAGAACCUACAACAAGUACUACAACUACAGAACCUACAACUAGUACUACAACUACAGAACCUACAACAAGUACUACAACUACAGAACCUACAACUAGUACUACAACUACAGAACCAACAACUAGUACUACAACUACAGAGCCUACAACAAGUACUACAACUACAGAACCUACAACUAGUACUACAACUACAGAACCUACAACUAGUACUACAACUACAGAACCUACAACAAGUACACUUUCUUCAAAACCUACAACUAGUACUACAACUACAGAACCUACAACUAGUACUAUUACUUCAGAGCCUACAACUAGUACUACAACUUCAGAGCCUACAACUAGUACUACAACUACAGAACCUACAACAAGUACUACUACUACAGAGCCAACAACUAGUACUACUACUACAGAGCCUACAACAAGUACUUCAACUACAGAACAAACAACUAGCACUACUACUACAGAGCCUACAACUAGUAUGACUACAACAGAACCUACAACUAGUACUUCUACAACAGAGCCUACAGCUAGUACUACAACUACAGAACCUACAACUAGUACUACAACUACAGAACCUACAACAAGUACACUUUCUUCAGAACCUACAACUAGUACUACAACUACAGAACCUACAACUAGUACUACUACUACAGAGCCUACAACUAGUACUACAACUUCAGAGCCUACAACUAGUACUACAACUACAGAACCUACAACUAGUACUACAACUACAGAGCCUACAACUAGUAUUACUACAACAGAACCUACAACUAGUACUAUAACUACAGAGCCUACAACAAGUACUACUACUACAGAGCAAACAACUAGUACUACUACUACAGAGCCUACAACUAGUACUACUACUACAGAACCUACAACUAGUACUACAACUACAGAGCCUACAACAAGUACUACAACUACAGAACCUACAACAAGUACUACUACUACAGAGCCUACAACAAGUACUACAACUACAGAACCUACAACUAGUACUACUACUACAGAACCUACAACUAGUACUACAACUACAGAACCUACAACUAGUACUACAACUACAGAACCUACAACUAGUACUACAACUACAGAACCUACAACUAGUACUACAACUACAGAGCCUACAACUAGUACUACAACUACCGAACCCACAACUAGUACUACUACAACAGAACCUACAACUAGUAUUACUACAACAGAACCUACAACUAGUACUACAACUACAGAGCCUCCAACUAGCACUACAACUACAGAACCAACAUCUAGUACUACUACUACAGAGCCUACAACUAGUACUUCUUCUACAGAACCUACAACUAGUACUACAGCUACAGAACCUACAACAAGCACUACAACUACAGACCCUACAAGUACUACAACUGCAGAACCUACAAUUAGUACUAUUACUACAGAACCAACAACUAGCACUUCAAUUACAGAGCCUACAACAAGUACUACUACUAUAGAACUUACAACUAGUACUACUACUACAGAACCUACAACAAGCACUACAACUACAGAACCUACAACAACUACUACUACUACAGAACCUACAACUAGCACUACAACUACAGAACCAACAACUAGCACAACAACUACAGAACCAACAACAAGUACUGCUACUACAGAACAAACAACUAGUACUACAACUACAGAACCUACAUAUAGCACAACAACUACAGAGCCUACAACAAGUACUGCUACUACAGAACAAACAACUAGUACUACAACUACAGAACCUACAUAUAGCACAACAACUACAGAACCAACAACAAGUACUGCUACUACAGAACAAACAACUAGUACUACAACUACAGAACCUACAUAUAGCACAACAACUACAGAACCUACAACAACUACUGCUACUACAGAACAAACAACUAGUACUACAACUACAGAACCAACAACUAGCACAACAACUACAGAACCAACAACAAGUACUGCUACUACAGAACAAACAACUAGUACUACAACUACAGAACCUACAUAUAGCACAACAACUACAGAGCCUACAACAAGUACUACUACUACAGAACCUACAACUAGUACUACUACUACAGAAUCUACAACUAGUACUACUACUACAGAACCUACAACUAGUACUACAACUACAGAGCCUACAACAAGUACUACAACAACUAUAGAGCCUACAACUAGUACUACAACUACAGAGCCUACAACUAGUACUACAACUACAGAGCCUACAACUAGCACUACAACUACAGAACCUACAAUUAGCACUACAACUACAGAGCCUACAACUAGUACUACAACUACUGAAACAACAACAAGCACUACAACUACUGAGCCAACAACUAGCACUACAACUACAGAACCUACAACUAGCACUACAACUACAGAACCUAGAACUAGUACUACAACUACAGAACCUACAACUAGCACUACAACUACAGAGCCUACAACUAGCACUACAACUACAGAACCUACAACAAGCACUACAACUACAAAACCAUUAACUAGUACUACAACUACAGAACCUACAACUAGUACUACUACAACAGAACCUACAACAAGUACUAAAACUACAGAGCCUACAACAAGUACUACAACUACAGAACCUACAACAAGUACUACAACUACAGAACCAACAACAAGUACUACAACUACAGAACCAACAACAAGUACUACAACAACAGAACCUACAACUAUUAAAACAACAUCAGAAACAACAACAAGUACUACAACAACUACAGAGCCUACAACUAGUACUACAACUACAGAGCCUACAACUAGCACUUCAAGGCCAGAACCAACAAGUAAUACUACUACUACAGAGCCUACAACUAGUACUACAACUACAGAGCCUACAACUAGCACUACAACUACAGAACCUACAAAGUACACUACAACUACAGAACCUACAACUAGUACUACAACUACAGAACCAACAACUAGUACUACUACUACAGAGCCUACAACUAGUACUACUACUACAGAACCUACAACAAGUACUACAACUACAGAACCUACAACAAGUACUACAACUACAGAACCUACAACAAGUACUACAACUACAGAACCUACAACAAGUACUACAACUACAGAACCAACAACAAGUACUACAACUAAGGAACCUACAACCAGUACUUCAACAACAGAGUCUUCAACAAGUAAAACUACAGAACCUACAACUAGUACUAUUAAAACAACAUCAGAAACAACAACAACAACUACAGAGCCUUCAGUAAUUCAGUCUG